AUGCUGCACAGUGCUGCGCAUCCACGCAUACCAGAUCAUUGUAUGGAUCUGAGCCAGGAAAUUGAUGACAGGUCAGUCAAUAAAAACUCAGAACAGCUGAAUACAAAGAAACGCGGUGGUAAAUUAUUAUCUCAGUCUGCCGAGGAUCCUCUGAUGACGGAAACUUCACAUGGCAGUCAGGAUUUAGGUACAUUGGAUGACAAUGAAACCAGACAGAGACGUUCUGGAGUGGAGAUAGAUGCAAGCAAUGUAACAUCUAAUGGUGUGGAGCGUUUACCAUUUAAUCUGUCUGAUGUACCAUCCGAUGAAUUCAACAGUUUUACAUUGUCUGGUUUGGAUGAAGAGGACACUGGAAAAGCUUGGUAUGAGAAUUCAGAUGAAGAGGAUUCAAUGGAACCAACACCCAGACCUGUUGUGAGAAAAACAGCCAAUACAAACAGAGGGAAAUCAACGUCCAAAGAUAAAACCAAUAAACACAUAUAUUUUCUAUAGAAGGACGUUUCCUGGUUGGUUUAGGGUUUAGUGUUAGGAUUAGGAUUAGGCAGCCAAUGAGAAGCAAUGUUGUAUUCAAACUGGAAUCAUUCUGUAAACA